GUGAAAACGGUUGUUUAUUUUUAAACGAAACGAAAGUGCGUGUAAUUCAAGCAGCAUGGCAUUGAAAAUGCCGGAGCAGGAUGAUGGUAAAUUUUCAUGUCUAGAUGUUGAAAAUAAACACAAGUAUUACAAAAGUGUAUUUAACAAGUUCGAUCGUGAUAAUUCGGGGGAUAUAGAAUUAACUGAGCUUGUAGAAACCUUAAAAAAGAAUGAUAAUGUACCGGAGCAUAUCAGCAGGAUUGUCUUCCAAGAGGCAGAUAAAAACGCGGACGGCGUUUUGAAUAAAGAAGAAUUCGAAGAAAUGGUCCAAAAUAAAGACUUUAGCGAAGUUUUUUCCGGUUACGUUAACACAUACAUGCGCUACCUGCUACCAAGAAAAAAAUAUCAAUCUCCUUCGAGUGUACCUGAUGGAAUAUACGAAGAAAAUUUAUUCAAAUGUUGCCCGCCAGCUUUAGCUAUGCUGACGUUGUCAUUAUUAGAAUUUACAUUUUUUAUUAUAGACGAAAUGGUUGCAGUAAACUCCAAUAACCAAGGACCUAUGAGCAAAAUUUUCACAUACAAUCCGCACAGACGAUACGAAGCUUGGAGGUUUCUAACGUACAUGUUCGUACACGCCGGAUAUCAACAUUUGGUUCCGAAUUUGGUUUUGCAACUAUUUUUAGGAGUGCCUUUAGAAAUAGUGCACAGAAGUAAGAGAAUAUUGGUGGUGUAUUUCUCUGGGGUUAUAGCCGGAUCUCUCACCUCGUCAAUAGUGAAUCCCAGGAUAUCCCUAGUCGGUGCUAGUGCUGGUGUAUACGCUUUAUUAACUGCCCAUGUAGGCACCAUAAUAAUGAAUUGGAGAGAUAUGGAUUUUCCAUUGUGUAAUCUACUGGUAUUUGUUAUUAUCAUAGCACUGAAUAUCGGCAUGACGAUUUACAAUAAAUAUACACUGGAUACCUACGAAAAUGUAGCACACUCAGCGCACAUAGGCGGCGCUGUAGCUGGAUUAUUAGUGGGCAUAUGGAUUUUGAAAAAUUUCACACCCACCAAAAAAGAAAUGUACAUCUGGUGGAGCGCUUUGGCUGUGUUCAUUAUACUUCUUAGCAUUAUGGUACUCAUGAACAUAUUUUGGACUAAACAUUUUUUACCAAACGCUUAGGAAUAUCUCUAUUAUCUUGCCUAAUUACUGUACUUAAUGUAAUCAAUAUGUGUUAUUUGUUGUGAUUAUUAUUAUAUUAAAAGUGA